AUGUCAGGCCAGUUCGACAGUAUUGAGUCAAUUCUCGAAAAACAUAUUCCGAAGGAAGAAAGAAAAGACAUCUGGCGAGUUUUAUAUGGUAAGGAAUUAAGAAACUUAAAGAUUCCUGAUAAAGCUGAGACCCUUGCAGCUGAAAAGAACUUUGAAAUCAGUGGCUAUGUCUUUGAAGCCCAAACUGAGGAGCUUCGUGCACCCCGUAUUGUGCGAGUGGGUGCAAUACAAAAUCAGAUUGUGGCACCAACCACUGCAACAGUCUCAGAACAGAGGUCUGCCCUUCACAAAAGGAUUUGUGAAAUCAUAGAAGCUGCUGCCCUUUGCAAGGUGAACAUCCUUUGCUUCCAAGAAACUUGGCCAAUGCCAUUUGCAUUUUGUACCAGGGAGAAAUAUCCAUGGUCAGAAUUUGCAGAAUGCCCCUAUACUGGGCCAACCACAAGUCUGAUGCAGGAGAUGGCUUUGAAGUAUAAUAUGGUAAUCAUAUCUCCCAUCCUUGAGAGGGAUGAAGUUCAUGGUAAUAUUCUGGCUAAUACUGCAGUUGUAAUUUCAAACAGUGGAAAAGUCAUAGGAAUAACUCGCAAAAACCAUAUUCCAAGAGUGGGAGAUUUUAAUGAGUCUACCUAUUAUAUGGAGAGUAACUUGGGACACAGGAUCUUCCAAACUCAAUGGGGUAAAAUUGCAAUCAAUAUUUGUUAUGGUCGUCACCACCCACAAUCCUGGAUGAUGUAUGGGAUCAAUGGAGCGGAAAUUGUCUUCAAUCCAUCAGCUACAGUUGGAAAUUUGAGUGAACAUUUGUGGCCUAUUGAAGCCAGAAAUGCAGCCAUUGCAAACAGUUAUUUUACCUGUGCUAUCAACAGAGUUGGAACAGAGACUUUCCCUCAUGAAUUUACAUCUGGAGAUAAAAAACCAGCUCACAAAAACUUUGGCCAUUUCUAUGGGUCCAGCUAUAUUGCAGCCCCUGAUGGGAGCCGGACUCCAGGUUUAUCCAGAAACAAAGAUGGCCUGCUGGUGGUUGAGAUGGACUUGAAUAUGUGUCGGCAAGUUAAAGAUACUUGGGGAUUUAGAAUGACUCAACGUUUGGAACUGUAUGCAAGUUCUCUGGCUGAAGCUAUCAAAGAAGACUAUUCACCACCAGUAUUCAAAGAGUAA